CAAAGAUCCUUGGUUUAGUUAUAGUUUUUGUUGUUUGCUAAUUCCUCAUAGCCUGCCAUUUUUCCCUGCUACAUUCACAAAAUAUGAAGAACGGUAUCGAUGGACGAGCCGAAUGAUUUUGCGACCACAGUGUCUGCAGAAAUGAUAGCUACAGAGCAACAAACUACCAGUGUUGCAAGUGGAAAGGCACCGUCUGUACCCGAUGAUGUGGUGUACACACGAGCCAGGCUCCAUGCCGCGAGUGAGGCACGCCUGUGGCCACAUGGUGUACUGGCAGGGCCACGUAACCCAAUGCACUGCAGCGAGCUAGUAUGCACACGAGGCGAGGACAAGCGCCGAGAGCUCGACGUCCGAUGCGACGGCCUUGAUGAUUGUUCAAUCUGUGGAGCAGGUUCAUCUGAUGGUCUACAUACAUGUACUGCAUCUGGACUGGUCCAUUUGUGGAGAAAUGUCUUAUGGUACCUCUUUGCAGGUUUGAUGGUGUUCAUGUACAUGCAGUCAGUCAAUUCAUAUUCUUUCCUUGCUUCAAACAGCAUAAUGAGAAACGUCUACAUGUGUGCAUGCACAUGAACACGGUAAAGAAAAUUCUACACGCAUCUACCCUGUACAAUAAAAGUCUACACGCAUCAACCCUGUACAAGAAAAGUCUACACGCAUCUAUCCUGUACAAGAACAGUUCUUUACGCAUCUGCUGUCACCGGCAGCCAUCUCCCCUACUUAUAAUUAAAAAGUACAAUACAAGCUGACAGACGUAAAAGCAGUUGGUACUACGUACAGUUUAGGAGAGGUUAGGGAUUGUUUCCUUCACGCAAUCGAGUAUGGGCAGACCAUCAUCAUUUUUAAAGUGUGCCUCGUGAAUCGGGGCAAAGUUUUGCAAACCGACCACAGGUACCGUCUCAGGGAUACUCUGGUUCCGUUCUUAUCCACUAAAUAGUGUAUUGGCAUCUCCUUCGUAACUGAGGAAAAGCUUGUCCUAAUUCAGGAGGUAUAGCAAGUGUUUUACUCGUGGAUAAUUCCAAUUGCUGGGUUCACAUGAAUCGAACUCAGUGUACCCGAUUUUAUUCAACUUAAUUUGCAAAAGGCUUAUUAGUUGAAACAGUGUCCAUGUACGCACAUGUGUACAUGUGCCUUAAAACAUAUGCUUGUUACUCGCUAUUAAUUCCACACUGAAGAAAAUGUUUCUUUUUCCAAUCCAUUUAUUUCCAGACAGUAUUUGGAUCAGUAAGGAUGUUCAAUGGUUAAACCAUCACACAAGUUUUAUGAAAGCAUUCGUCAUGUGAUUCAUUGUGUAUGUAUAUAGACGAGGGGGGUAUACAUUUCACAAUACAUGUACUAUGGUGUUCCAUAUGUGCCAUCCGGCGUCGCAUUUUUUGACGGGCG